CAAGGUGUGCCAGCCUUUUUAAAGAAACUUUAUAAAAUGGUUAGCGAUCCUCGGUCAAAUGAUUUAAUUACCUGGUCUGGGGCUGGUAAUUCUUUUAUUGUAAAAAAACCUCAAGAAUUUGCAAAAGAAAUUCUUCCUAAAUUUUUUAAGCAUAACAACUUUAGCAGUUUCGUUAGACAAUUAAACAUGUAUGGAUUUCAUAAAAUACCACACCUUCAACAAGGAGUACUUCAAUCUGAUGAACAAUCUGAACAAUGGGAAUUUGGUCAUAAACAUUUCCUUUGUAAUCAACCGGAACUCUUAUGCUAUAUUACUCGCAGGAAAGUGAAUGAUAAUGAAAGUAUAAAAGAAGAGCCAAAUACUCGCAAAGAAGGGAAUGGUAAUGAAAAUAUAAAAGAACAAGAGCCAAAUGAAGUGGAUAUAAACCGUAUAUUAAAUGAAAUUGAUUUAAUUAAAAAAUAUCAGGCAACUAUUAAUGCAACUUUGAAAUAUAUUCAAAGAAAUAAUCAAGUUCAAUGGCAAGAAACUAUUCCAACACAUAAUGAAAUUAUUUCAGUACAUAAUAAAUAUCUUAAUCAACAAAAUACUCUUAAUAAACUUUUAAAAUUUCUUGCUUCAUUAUAU